CACUGUUUCCGUGUCUCCUUUUCUACCCCCUUUUAUUUCCUCUCGCUACCCUGUAUUUCCCAGAUCCAGUGGGGCUCUAACUUUUUCUUCCUUCCUUUUAAAUGCUUUAGAGGGCUUCUUCACCGAUUCGAAAGACGGAGGGAGAGUGAAAGAGUGUGAUUUUGCUCACUGGGUUAGAUUUAGAUUAGAUUGUUCCUCUCCUUCAGAUAAUCAUAUAAUGGAUAAACAAAUGGUUGUUUCUGACGAGAACAAUCUUAAUCUUAACAGACCCACAAACUUUCAGGGAGUUGUAGAGAUGGGGAACAAGAAGUUUGGGCAGGAGAUUAGACACAACAGGAGGAUUUUAGGUGUCAUAAAUCAGAGUUUAAUUGGAGGUCAAUCAUACCCUUGUGUGGUUAACAAGAGAAGCUUCCCAGAUAGGCAUGAAUUCUGUGAGAAGAAGCAGGCAGAUCCAGUUCACAGACCAAUUACAAGGAAGUUCGCUGCACAAAUUGCAAGCUCCCAACAACCUCGCGUUGAGGAAUCAAAGAAGCCAAAUUCAUCAGCCUCGGGCCCAAGUACAUUUGGGGAUUGUAUUUUCAUAGAUGAAGAAUGCAAACCACCUGCAGAUCAGCCAGUGCCCAUGUUCUUAGAACAAACAGAAGCCGCGCCUGAUGAAACAGAUGAUAUGGAGGAAGUAGAGAUGGAGGAUAUUGUGGAAGAACCCAUUUUGGAUAUUGAUGGCUCCGACCGAAAGAAUCCACUCGCAGUUGUAGAUUAUAUUGAGGAUCUUUAUGCUUACUAUAGAAAAAUGGAGGGUAUUGGCUGUGUUUCACCUAACUAUAUGUCCCAACAAUUUGACAUUAAUGAGAAGAUGAGAGCCAUACUGAUUGACUGGCUUGUUGAGGUGCAUGACAAGUUUGAACUCAUGAAGGAGACAUUGUUUCUGACGGUUAAUCUUAUUGAUAGAUUUUUGUCCAAGCAAUCAGUUGUAAGAAAGAAGCUUCAGUUGGUUGGUCUGGUUGCCAUGCUUCUAGCAUGCAAGUAUGAGGAAGUUUCAGUUCCAGUUGUAGGGGAUCUAAUUCUUAUAUCAGAUAAGGCUUACACAAGGAAAGAAGUUUUGGAAAUGGAGACUUUUAUGCUCAACACAUUGCAGUUUAACAUGUCAGUUCCAACACCUUAUGUUUUCAUUCAAAGGUUCCUUAAGGCUGCUCAAUCGGACAAAAAGCUUGAAUCACUAUCAUUUUUCUUGAUCGAGCUUUCCUUGGUUGAGUAUGAGAUGCUCAAGUUUCCACCAUCUUUAUUAGCUGCCGCAGCAGUCUAUGCUGCUCAAUGUACACUUUAUGGGUUCAAGCAAUGGAGUAGGACCUGUGAGUGGCAUUCCAGCUACUCAGAAGAUCAGCUCUUGGAAUGCUCAAGAUUGAUGGUUGGUUUACACCAAAAGGCAGCAACGGGAAAAUUGACAGGGGUACACAGGAAGUAUUAUACAUCUAAGUUUGGCUACACUUCAAAAUGUGAACCAGCACAUUUUCUCUUACAGACCCAACUAUAACAUGAAAUGUAUAGUACUAACAAUAAUUGCUUAUUUUAUGUUCCAAUGAACAUAAUCUUCUUUUUUUCUUUUCUUUUCUUUUUUUUUUUUUUUUUUUUUUCAGAAGUUUCAAUUGAACUUACUUGUAAUUCUAUCGUUCCCUUUAACGAUAUUGUUAUUACAAAUGAUACCAAUAAAUUCAAUUUUUUAAA